UUCGUUCUUCACUUGAAUUCGUGUGCUCGUCAUAAACACAUCAAUUGUCGGUAUUAAUUGUCGUCUAUGUCGUGUAUAUACAUACAAAAGUUAGAGAAGGAGAAAAAAAUUUAGCAAUUCAUAAAACAAAUCAAAUCGCUUUGUGAUUCAAAUAAAAAACUAUACAGUUUUCGUUAGUUAAACGACACGGCGACAACUAAUUACACUAAUAUUCGCAUACAUUUUAUAUUCAUGGGCAGAAAAAUAUUUUCGGAAAAGCUAUAAAAAGCAACUACUACAGCGAGCAGAAUUUCCAAGCAACGUGCGAGCAAAUUUACGUCAAACGAAAAAGUCUCCUUAGAAAAAGUGUAUCUACCGCGCAAUCGUCAGAAAGCGGAAAAUUCAUACAAGAAAAAAGUGAAGCGGCAAGCAAAGUAUUUAUAUACAUUAUAAAGAAAAUCGAUAAAUCGAUUGGCAAGUCCAGUAGCCGAACCUCUCACAAUUUCAAUAAAAACGCUAGCCACAGCGUUGCCAACUAACUGCAUUUUCGUGCAAUCUACGUUGACGUAACCGACGCAGUUGUCGGUGUCGCCACCAAGCAGCAAAACAGCAAAGUAAAAAAAUUUACGCAACAGCGCAGUUGAGCUAAAAAAAGCUUCAAAAUUCUGGCCGCAACGAGAAAACCACACGCCAACACAAUGGAUUUUAUGAUGGCGAAUGCCGGUGCUGCAGGCGCCGUUGACGCUCAGGCCCAAUUAAUGGCUCAGACCGCUGCGAAUCCGGCCGCUGCCGCAGCCGCCCUAGCCGCUACGAAUGCAUCGCCUGCGCAGACUGCUGCCGCUGCUGCAGCUGCCGCACAACUGCAACAGCAGCAGCAGGUGCAGCAGGCCAUUUUACAGGUGCAGCAACAGCAAACACAACAAGCUGUCGCCGCCGCCGCUGCAGCCGUCACUCAGCAAUUGCAGCAGCAGAACACCAAUGGAAAUUCGAAUGGUCAGCAGAAUGGCAGCAAUGGCUCAAGCGAGACACGCACCAAUCUCAUUGUGAACUAUUUGCCACAAACAAUGACUGAAGAUGAAAUACGUUCGUUAUUUUCCAGUGUAGGCGAGAUCGAAUCCGUAAAAUUGAUACGUGAUAAAUCACAAGCCUUUAUGGAUCCCUUAAAUCCGCAAGGACCAACCAAAGGUCAAAGUUUGGGUUAUGGCUUCGUCAACUAUGUACGCCCACAAGAUGCUGAACAAGCAGUAAAUGUAUUGAAUGGUCUGCGUUUGCAAAAUAAAACUAUUAAAGUGUCAUUCGCUCGCCCCUCAUCGGAUGCCAUUAAAGGCGCUAAUUUAUAUGUCUCUGGACUGCCGAAGAAUAUGACACAACCAGAGUUGGAGGCUAUUUUUGCACCAUUCGGCGCUAUUAUCACGUCACGCAUACUACAAAAUGCUGGCAACGAUUCACAGACAAAAGGCGUUGGUUUCAUACGCUACGACAAACGUGAAGAGGCAACACGCGCCAUUAUUGCAUUGAACGGUACCACUCCUUCCGGUUGUACCGACCCCAUUGUGGUGAAAUUCUCGAACACACCUGGCAGCACCAGCAAGAUCAUGCAACCACAGCUGCCUGCAUUCCUCAAUCCACAGCUGGUGCGGCGCAUCGGCGGCGCAAUGCAUACACCGGUCAAUAAGGGCUUGGCCCGUUUCUCACCCAUGGCCGGUGAUAUGUUGGACGUUAUGCUGCCCAAUGGUUUGGGUGCGACAGCGGCCGCAGCAAGCGCACUAGCCAGUGGUCCGGGCGGUGCUUAUCCCAUCUUCAUUUAUAAUUUGGCGCCCGAAACGGAGGAGGCGUCAUUAUGGCAGCUAUUCGGGCCAUUCGGCGCAGUGCAAUCGGUCAAGAUCGUUAAGGAUCAAACUACGAAUCAGUGUAAAGGAUAUGGUUUCGUUUCGAUGACCAACUAUGAUGAAGCGGCAAUGGCAAUUCGCGCACUCAACGGCUACACACUGGGCAAUCGGGUGCUGCAAGUUAGCUUCAAGACCAAUAAAUCCAAGUAAGACCCCUUUCAACUGAACUUCAGUAGUAGCAGCAAAAAGCAACAAUAGUAGUAGUAAACAACAACAACAACAUCAUACAUAUACAUACAUGCACAACGCAAAAACAAAAACAAGGUAGCGGAAAUACAACAACAAUUGCAGGAACAAACCACGAAAAGCGGAGAGAGCUAUAUAACAUCAGGCAAGUUGGUGGAAAUGCGCGAGUUGGAUUUUUGUAGAAGUUUGUUAGUGUGCGUGCGUGGGAGAGCAUGUUGUGGGGGAUGGAUUGGGUUUACGCUCUCAACAUCUACACACUUUUAUUGUCCACAUGCGAUUUACCACGUGCUCGCCAACCGCGUAUUUUCCAUUUUUUGUAUUAAGAAAUUCUAAGAGAAAAUUAAAAAGUACAACCUUAAAGAAAUUCUGACUUUGAGCUAACACAAAGGUAUAAAUUAAAUUAAUUAAUAGACUUGCGAAAGUAAAAUUAAUUCAUUUAAUUUAUUGUUAAACAGCUAAAUUAAGUUAAUGACAAAAAACAAACAGAGUAGUAGGUGAAAGAAUAAAUCGGCAAAGAGAAAAUUGUGUUAUAGCACAGAAGCACCAGAAAGGCUCAUUCGUGAAAAAGAGAGGGUGAGUCAGCGAAUAUUCAGCGUUUUGAAAAUACGUAAGCCAAAAGCAUUGAAUGUGUUUUGUUUUCUCGCCACCCGCAACUGGCUAGACAACACUUUUGUGCAAAGAAAAUGUGAGCACAAAUGCGUGCUGCAAAUAUUAAAAUGGCGCGGCAAGUGCCGGUUAGCAACCAACCCCUCGAUAAGCGCGACAGCAGGCGGCAGUUUUCUCACACGCCACACCAUGGGUAUAUUGAACAACCACUUUUUAUCAUACAACCCUCAUGUUUUGCAUUGGUUCUUAAUGAACCUGCCGUUUUUGAUUGUUUCAAAAAAUAUAAGGUGAAGGCUGGUUUGACAUACAUAUAUUCGUGUAUAGUAUAUUUAACGUUUACCGUAGGUUUUGCAAAACUUGGCAAAUUUCAGUAUAUUCCCGUGCAGAAAUAUUUCUUGCAUAUUAAGCAAAUUCUCAGCAGCAAUUAAAAGUUAUUACUCAAAGUAUGCUAUUUUUAAAUUUGCCAACAGCUGAAACACUCGCCUGUGUGCCUCUGUGUUUAUACUUAUGUGAGCAGGCUGCCGGUUGCUGGCGCGCAAAAGUAAAUAAAUUACUUAAAUUCAUUUCUAACAAAUUUUAUGCAACAUAAAAAUGUCUAUAACAAGCGAACGUAAAUUUACAUUUAGAAAUUUGAUGAGGAUGGUUGCAAAGAGUUGUGGGUGUAUGGGUGCAGUUAUGCUUAGCGAAAAAUUACUGGCAAAUCAGAAUCAAUACAGAAAUUUAUCGGCCAUCCUCCAGUGUUAAGAUGUAAUUGGGUUUCUUUUUUUCACUUCUUCAAAUAAAAUAGGCUGAAUUUUUGCUGAUUUUGUUCUUUGUUUGAAUGUUCAUUAUAUUGUAAGAAUAAGAAGCUAAGCUAAAUGUCGCAAAGAAAAAAUACGCGCCCGUACGAAGAUUUCUAAAAUGGUGGAGAAUUCGUGGCAAUUUGAAUAGAAAAAGUAAAUAAAGAAAUACAGAAAAAAUACAGCUUUGAUAUCAUAGCUGAAGAGCUAUAGCUAUAGAGAAAGAAAAAAGUUUAGAGAUUUGCAAAUCUAACUCCAAGGAAGUGUUUCUGUAUUUGUUUACAUUCCUUCAAAUUUGCUCACGCGCGUUGUCUAACUCUCCAAAGGCGUUGCUGCGUGCUCGUGUAUGAAAAAAAUAUUUAUAAAAUACAAUGAAACCUUCUAUUAAAUUGAAAUUCAACAAAGAAAUCGGCACAUGAUUUUUUUUUACCUAUAAAAAUAGUUACCUUGAAAACGAAUUCAAAAUGAAAAGCAAGUUGUACUAAACUACUAUUAAAUAAAAGUAUAUAUAAAACCGGGAUGCUUAAUGUGCGCCAAUUUGGCAGAAACUAUAUACAUAUAAUGUAUGCUACAGGCAUCAGACAUUGACAACAACAAAAAAGGGUAAACGUAAUCUUCCGAAACGUCAUAAAAACGUAAAACACGAACUUGGCCUACUGGCAGCAAUAAAAGUAUUUUAAAUUAAUUUUCAUUUGCAAUUUUUAAAGUUGAACAUUUUUACACGAUUUUUAAAUAAAAUAGCGCGUUUAAAGAAAUUUGAAUUUCAAAAUGCAUUAAAAUAGGCAGAGUGCGAAUGCUCGCUUGCAAGGCUUGAGGGAAAUAGCUAUGGCUAGCAGUAUGAGCGCGUACGCAGGUCAUAAACAAAUAUAUAUUUUAUGGAAUAAAAAAUAAUUACUUAAGCAGUUAAAGAGUUUUUUCUUGCUAUACAAAGCCAAUAAAUGGCAGUAAUAAUAUUCAAAAGCUUAGUAAACAUAUUAAGAAAAGUGAAAAAAAUUGGUUGAAAAUCAAGUGGCACGCUUCGGAAAUCGCAGAAAAGCAAGCGGGAGCGAUAGUAAAAUAAAUUAAAACUUAAAAAAGCAGGAACCAGUUUUUAAAUAUUUAAAUAGACUAGCGAGAGCAAACUAGUAAAUGAAAUAAUAUAAAUAAAUAAUAAAUUUAGAGGACAUAGUAAAAGCAACGUCAUGGAGGCUGCUACAGUAUUAAAUAGUAAAAGUGAAAAAAAAAAAAAUUAUGAACAAAGAACUUUGGUUUAAGUUUAUAAUAAAAUAGAAAAUGAAAGCAAAUCCUGCGUGCGUCCUGGUGAAUUAACCCAUUUAGCAUAGGAAUAAAAAAGAGUAUAGCGCGUUGGUUUUGCAAUUGUAAUUUAAAUUUUAAUUAAAAUAUAGAGGGCCAUAGCAAGACAGUAUCGAGUGUGGAACAAUAAUUAUACAUACAUAUAUAAACAUAUAAUAGACCCACAGAAAGUUGAAAAAAAAACAUAAAUACUUUUAAUCAAAUAAAAUUCGUACAUCAAUUCAGUCAAAAUAAUACACACAAGCAAUGCAAUAUAAAUUAAAAAAAAAAUCAAAAACAAUCUAAGUAUAAAAAUUUAUCAUUUAUCUAAUAUUUAUAAUAAUUGUUAACAAAAAUGUUGUAUGUAGUUCACAUACGGUAACUUAAUACAGUAUUUUACAUCCAUACAUACUUCAGUAUGCAUGUAUGUUAACGAAACUACCAGUCAAACGCACAUCUUUUGUUGUGCAUUUUGGUGGAGGGAAAGUACGAAGUGUCGAAAAAUAUGUCGACGUCGUUUUUAACAGAAUUUCUUUUUGUUUUAUUUAUAUGCUCACGCUUAUAAUGGGGUUAAAUAAUAUAAGUAUUUAACUCCAGAGAAAUUUCAUGCUGAAGCAUAGUAAAAGCUACGAGCAUAAAAAGUAACUAGAAAAUUUAUGCGCCUUUUAAUACGCCGAGUAGUGACAAGAACGCUUUGAAUAGAAAUAUUAGCUUAACAGCAUACGGCCCAAGUCAUACAACAAAAUGCAGUUUAAUUUUUUAUAUCGCAGUUAAAUAUUCGUACGCGCUGAAAAGCGUCGUUUGCUCGCUGAAUCUGCAAUGUAAGCGCAACAAAUCAUAAAAUUGAAUCAGUACAAAUGUACUUAUGUAUGCGCAUUUGAAUGUCAUUGAAUGACAUUUUUAAUAGGUUCGAAUUCGAUCUUGUGCAAUUUGAAAGCGCUGCACAGGGUUGUGAUAAUGCGCUUAAUCAGAAGGAUUUUAGACUUGGCAUUGGUUAUAUACUGUUUAUAUGCUGAAAGCAUCCUAAUUAAAUGUUUAACAGACUGCACCAAAUGACGCCGGCAUUGACCUGACCUAGCACUACUUUUUCACCACCGCUGCUGCUGCAUAAAGCGAAUAAUGUGAAAAUGAAAAUUUCUUGCGACAAAAUUGCAAUGUAAAGCACAAAACGCCCACGAAUACAAUAAAAACUAACAUGUGAACGUAUUUUAAUGUGAAGAAUAGUACGGUUUAGACGACAUACAAAUAUUUUCCUUGUGACACACAUGCGUAUGUAUUUAUGUGCAUAUGUAUGUAUUUGUAAAUUUUUAACAAAAACUUAUUAUUUUGCGUAUUUCCAAUAUUUUAGCUUGGUUUGCUUUCAAAAAGGUAGAAAAGAAGAAUAAAACGAAAUUGGGUAUUCAUCUCACAUAGAGACAGCAUUCCAAUUGUUGGAGAUAUUUCGUUGAGUACGAUUUUGUUUUUCAUUUUUCAUGAAUACCUAUUUGAUUUCGUAUGUAGUGCAAUAUAUUGACUUCUUGUGUUGGUUUCUUUGUUUCGAUUUCAAUUUCAUUUUGUUUGCGUUGUUGCGGAAAUACAGUUUAGUGAUCUUUUAUUUCGAUUUGUUCCAAUCAUUAUUAGUGCGAAAAUUCGAAUUGGUUUUGUACAAUAAAUUUAUUAAUUUAGAAUUAAUUUGUUAAACAAAAUAUGUUUUUAUUACGUGAACUCUGCUGCAUACCACCAUAUUUUCAAUUCCUGCAGUUUUUGGGAUAAGUUCGAUUUCUCACGACAGCUACUACUCUUCUGUUUGUUGUUAUUGUUUUUUUUUUUAAUUUAAAAAUUUUUAAAUUUAAUCAAUAGGCUCGUAUAUAGAACUUUUACGCGUAUACCCAGUUUUAUAAUUUAAUUUUACAUACAUAUAUAAAAUUAAUUCAUGGAAUGUUGACGCGUGUGCGUGAUCCCCAGCUAAUUUGUACACAUAAUACAUACAAACACAUAUACAUGCACACACACAUAUAUACAGUAAACAUAUAAAUAAUUAAGCGAAAUAUAUUUAUAUAUACAUACAUAUUUAUUGCAUAUUUACACAAUUUAUAUAUAUAAUAUAUACAUACACACAUACAUAUUAAAUGUAUUUAUUUGAUUUCUUAUAUGUUAUAUGCUGUUAAAAAACGACAAUUGUGUUUUCAAUUUCAUAUAUAAAGGGUGGCCCAUGAAGUGGUUUCUUUUAAAAAUUUCAAAAAAAAAAAAAAAAAAAAAAAAAAAAACAAGAUGAGCAAAAGUAAAUUUUCCCGUAUGUUAUUGUUUUAUUCGAAAGAGCAAACAUUCCCAUUAUUUACGAUGCCAUAUAUAAUGAUGCCUCAACUCCAAAAUCCACUCCAAGCUGUCGCUCUCUCGCUUGCUUGCGAACAUAGCCGCCGCGAUGAAAAGCCGCUUCGUCGGAAAAGAUGAUUUUCGUUGUUUGUGCAAAAUUCGCAUCAGGCUGUUGCGUGAAAUGUUGAGUUGUCGGAACGCACUAUUUGGGCUACACAACUUUAACUUUGGAAACAAGUUUGCAAUAUUCCCCAACGUUGUUCAGGCGCAAAAGCGAUUCAUUGCAUUCCGCGAGGAUAUGGUAUUGACUUUCUGUGAAGAUUUCCAGCGGGGAAAGAGCUGCCACUGUCACAAAAAAAACCACUAUAUGUACCACCACUUAUGUAUAUACAGAUGUAUAUAAGAAAAUUUAUAUUUGCAUUAACAGUUAAUCACACAAGUACAUAUAUUAUCUACACGCCAACAUAAUUACAAACAAACACAUAGGUAUAUAUGUAUGUAUUCACGUGUAUGUCUAUUUAAACAUAAUUUGGUAGCUGUUAAGUGAUUUAGUGUAGAUUUGCAAUUUUCGAUUUAACAUAUAGCAAAAUAGCUAAAAAAUAGCGUUUUAGGGGUAUUCACGGUGACUGUUUGCCUAGAGUAGUAGUUUUGCCAAGCAGGGCGAAUAGCACACUUGGUUAGCACCGCGAAUACCGGUUUUUUCAUAGGUGCGCAUAGAAAGGCAUGAGCAAAUGCUAGCGCGGCAGUAAGAGAAGUUACAAAGCAAAACAAAAAGAAACCCAGAAAAAAGUAAAAAAUAUUUAUUAUAUUAGUUCAUUAUUAAAGUAGUACAUUUUGAAUGCUAAACUAUACGUUGUGGUUUGUGCCACAUGUAUUGCUAUAUUACUAUUAUUAUUUUUUCUUAAGAAGUGAAAGAGUGGAACAUGAACAAAAUAUGCAAACGAAAGCGAAGAAAGUAAACCGAGCGCUAAGCUAGGAAACGCAUAAGAACAAAUAAAAUAAUUAAGUUAAUAUAAAGCGAUGUAAACUUAAGAACGUAGUUUUAGUAGAGAAACCGGUGGUAAACAAAAAACAAAAAAAAACAUGAAAAAAUCACAAGUAUACACAAAACGCAUGAAACAAACAAGGAUUCUAGUCAAAAAUGCAAAACAAAAAAUGCGUAACGAACAGGCGAGGAGAAAAGCAAGCAGUGUAGUAAAAAAGAGAAACAGUUUGCUACUGAAGUUAGGCAGUGGCAUAAUGAAGUUCGAAUAAAAAAUGAGAAUAACUUAAAUGAUUAAGUCUCACAUAGUACAUACGUAUGUAUGUAUGUGAAAAUUAUGAAUGAAAAAAAAAGAAUAAAAUAAUAAAAUCGAUUAAAAGGUAUACAGCUAUAGAAAUUACUAUCUAGCACUUAGUAGUUCAUACACAUCAUUCGAAACAACUGAGAAAGCUAGAACAGAAAAGCACUAUAGCUACAACCGUUCAUUAUGCAAUGCAAUUAUUAUGUUUAUGAUAAGCAAAAACAAAAACAAAUAGUUCAAUAUUUAAAUUAAUAUGAAAGCAUUCAAACUGAAAUUUAUUUACCAAGUGCUAAUUCUGUUUGAAUAAGUUUUCGUGCAACUAAUUAAUUAAAUUUCGACAGUAAAGUAGUCUGCAUUUUGCACAUUCUUCUAAGAUUUCUACAGUUUCUCACUUUUCGGCUGAUUGAUAGAGAUACACAAAUUAGUUAAAGCAAAAAACAUUUCGUUUCGAAAAAAUUUCCACAAUUUAAAAAAGAAAAUGAAAAUUCGAAAACUUGAGAAAAAUCGGUAAAGAAAAGUAAUCGAAUAAUAUUAGAAAAUCGAAUAAUGCUAGAAAUUUUAUGCAUUAACCAAUUGAGAAUUGGAAAUUCAAAAACUAGCAAAAAAAAUAUUGGAAUUUUUUGUGAAAAUGGCCUGGCAUCAUGGCUUUUGCAAAUUACAAAGACAGUUCGCAAUUAUGUGCAAAUAUCCUGCAAAACACGGCUUUUGCAAACUACAGCCAGCUACCGAUAAAAAUAAUGUAUGCAUGUUUUGUUGUUGGGUUGCCAUGUUAUUUGCAUUUAAUUGUGAAUUGCUCUAUACAUUUUAGUGUUUUAUUGCCAUAAUAAUUUUCCGAUGCCGUAAUGCCUGGUUGUUUGCUCUUAAUUGUGAUCUACCCUAUUGGGUGUAUCGUGUGUGGUAUGCCAUACAGUGGUGUGAGUGGAGCUUUGCAGCGGCUCUGCAAUACACUGGCCACUUCCACUCCACCAUUACCUACUAAUAAAGUGCUACACUAAAGCAUCUUCAGCACUACGCGCUUUUCAAACUACUUUCGUUUUCAAAUAAGAAUUUAUAAUUUUUUUUUUAAUAAUUUCACUAUUUUCAGUCGUGCAUGGCUUUCUAAACCUAAGCCAAUUUUUCGUGUUUCAACUCACUUUUCUGAUUUUUUCAAUUCUUUGUCUUAUACUGUUGUGCCACAAAAAAAGUUCAAAAUAAAUUGAAUGGCGAUUGUAAAAAUUGCAAAGAAAAAAUAAUUUCAUUACGCACGUAAAUCUGUUGAGAUUAUUGUAGAGACUUAAAGCCUCCGAAGUGCACACAAAACCAUAACCUAAAAAAAAUUAUUACAAAUAUAUUUGUUUUGCUAAAAAACGGAGAGAAAUUCUGUGCAAUAGUGUCUACGCGAAAAUGUGUAUCUCAGAAGAAAGUAUACAUUUUUUUGCAUAUAUUUUAAUAACACUACUUUUUAAUGUAGUAUUUAUUUUAAGCAUUAAUUUUUAAAUGGAAACAAGCAAACUUAACAAAAACACGUAGUUGAAAAAUGAAAGCGAAAGAGUAGUAAAAUAAGAGAAACAAUUGCAUAUAUCCAAAUGCAAGAAGCAAAAUAUUGAUAAAAUGCUUUGCUUUUUUCUUGAAACAACAACAAAACAAAAAAAAAAAGAAUUUUUUAAUGAAGAAUGCAGAAUCUACAAACACGCGCGAAAAUAGAGGGGGAAAAGAGGAGUGCAGACACUCAAGAGCAGCAAAAAGAGAAUACACAAAUUGGCAAGAAAAUCGAGUUUUAAUGAAACUAAAUCGGAAAGGGCGGAAAAGCAAAACUAAAAUGAAAAGUUACAUUAAAUGUAUGUUUGUUGCGAUGAAACCUCAGAGGAAGUGCAGCAAUAGCAAAGCGGUCAAUGCAGUGUAUGGUUGUACUUACAAGAAUUAUUGAAAAUUAUGUAAACAAUGUCAAAGCAUGCAAAAGUUAGAGGAGAGAGGAGGUGUUGGCAAAUACAAGAAGUCGUUAUCAAUCAAUAUGUUUAGAAAGAGCGGCACAAAAUAAAAAAAGAGACUAGCAAGACUAAAAAUUGCAGUAUUUUGAGCAAAUAAGCAGCUAGACAAAGCAGAAAAAAUGCACGAAGAUGGCGAAAAACAAGCGAAGUGAAAAAAAUAAUUAAAAAUUAAUUCAUAUAGCAACAGACCAACUCAAAUUGACGUACAAAAGCAAAAGCGCAGCUACGAAACUUAAAAACGAAAACUUAAAGUAGCGGCAGUUUAGGGGUUUCUCUUUUUUUUUCAAAUUGCAUUUUUGAAAUGUGUGCGUUUUAUUACAUAUAAUUCGUUUUUUUUUAUUUACAUAAUUAUUAGUUUUUAAUUUUAAUUUUCAUAUUAUGAUCCACAAUUUAUAUAAAUGUUUUAUGUUUUGUAAUUAUUACCAUGAUAUGCGUACCUUAACAAAACGAAGCAAAACAAAAGAAAAUAAUAAUAGAUUGGGUAAACAAUAAUAAUAAUUACUAUUUUUAUGGGUUUUCAGUUUGUUUUGUAUGAUUUCUUAAUAUUUGUUUUUAAUUGAAUAAACCACAAAAUAGCAUUCAAUAAAAUAGCAGUUUGUAAACCAUAGUUUUAAUUGACUUAUAUUUUAAAAUAUUUUUUUCUUUUCACUGCAUUCCCUGCGUUUAGUUUGUAAUUUAUUUGCGUUAACCAAUUUAAUUUAAUUUUAAUUUCAAUAUAAUUUUAUACUUUCUUAAUGUUUAUAAUUUUACGGUUUUUUCUGUUGAUGUCUUAUGUUUUGCAACAACAAUGUUUGUACACAGCAAAUGAAAAUAAAAUUGUAUGCCAAAAAAUACGAUCAAAUAAUUGCAAAAGCGCUAAACAUCUUAUUCAAAAAAAAAAAAAAAUAAAUUAUAAAAUUAAAAAAUAAAAUAAAAAAUAAAAAAAAACUAUUUUAGCGCACCGCUACGCAGUCAGCAAAUGCGCCUUUUUACAAAGUAUUUUUCAAUUUUAUUAAUCUUAAUUUUUCAGAUUAUAUAUACAUAUAUAAUAUAUUUUAAUUUCAAUUUAUAUUAUUAUUUGAUUAAGUUAUAUUGCAUUAUACUCAACCCACACAAAAUUAUAUUUUGUCACCUUAACUUUUAGUGCAAAAUUUUUUAAUCAACCAAUUAUCAAGCCCAUACAAGGUAUUGCACCGUGUAGCAAUGAGGGCAAAAUAUAUGUAUAACGUUGGGUAAAAAAUCAAAAUUUGCAAUUUCUUCAGUGCACCAUUUUUCGGCUCCUGGAAUUUUUACACAGUAAGCCAAUAGCACAGAAAGAACUCUAGAAGCGCGCGAGAGGCAAAGUUGAAAAAUCUCUGGAAGUUCCCUCAUAAGUUGAAACUUUUUUUAAAACAUAGAACUGUUAACUUUAUUUCAAAUGAAAGCAAGAAUAAAAAAAUUAAAAUAGUUUUGAAUUCUUUGCAAAAUGAAAUUUUCAUAAAAUAUUUAUGUAUGGAAAGUAUCAAAAAAGUUAUUUUGGUUUUUAUAUGUAACAUUUUCGCAUUUUUUUUAUAAAUUAUUACGUUUUUCGUAUUUCAAUGCCAGAUGAGUUAAAAAUUUCUCAAAUUCAUUUACAUACAAAAUUGACAUACGAUGCUCUCUUUGCACCCAGCAGCUUCCGCCUAAGUUCAUCUGCAUCCUCACGUUUUUAUACGCAAAAUUUGAAUAAGAAAUUGUGUUUGCCCAAAUGUCUUAAAAAAAAAAAACUCAAACCGGUUUAGCCUCAUUUCAAAACGCAACUUUAAACACAUCAAAAAUUUGCAGAACAAUUUAAACUUUAUUAUUACUUUUAAUUUUAAUUAUAAGUUUGUGUUUUUAUUUUAAUUACGUUUUAAUUCAAUUUGUAUUUCCCACACAAAAGAAAGCAUCAAAAUUGUAUGGAAAAAGAAUAAGGAAAGUGCGCUAAAAAUCAUUAUGCGUGUAUUUGAAGCGACGCAAAAGAAAACCUUUAGACGACAGUGUUUUUACCCUUAAAUAAAAUAUAAAUUUUGAUUUUUGAA